AGCAGAAUGAAUCUGGAAAUUGAUAUUAAAUCUCUCAAAGAUCGAGAAAGGGACAAAGUUCUGGAGGUCCUUCAACGGGAUGAAAAGCUACGAAAAGUGGAAGAAGAACGGAUAAGAAAGUUGAAAUCAGAAUAUCAGGAAAUUCGGCGGAAAGGAGCAAAAAGUUGCAGCCGGGAGUACAGCAGCCGUUCCUGUGCCCGAUGCCAGGCCGCACUGGGACUCCUGUUUAACAAGGGCAUUGAGUGCAGUAUCUGCAGUCACAGAGUGUGCAGUGAUUGUUGCAUUUACAGGACCAACAGAGUGUACAGAUGCAUCGUGUGUCAUACUCGUGGGCUGGUGAAGGUGAAAUCUGGAGAGUGGUUUAUCGAGGAAAAAGCAAAAAAAUUUCACCAUGAACAAGAUGAGCACAAAACGAUAAGUGAGAAGCUGUUGCAGAGCUUACGGACACUGAGCAGUAUCGCCAUUGUACCCCCGACUCCCCCACCUACAGGAUAUCUACUGGAGGACAAGCACUCGAAAGGAUUCACCAGGUCGAUGGAGAACUUGUUCUGGUCCCUCACUGACCGUGUCAGACAAAUUUCCAAAUCUCAUGAAGAUGUGGUGAAGAACACCCAGCUACUCUCAGCAAGUUACAUGGCCAAAGACUGUGAGCUGAAGAAAGAGAGAAGUCAGUCGGACACAGCCUUAACCAGUGCAAGCAAGCUGUCUCCCACCACCGUCCAGGGCCUCAGCAAGGUAAGCGACGGGGACCAAGGAAGCUCCCAUGAAGAGGCUGCGCAGCAGAUGGAGGAGGAAAGUAUCAGCAGCAUCAACAGCACCCACACAGGGUCAGAGACCAUGGACAAGGCUAAUGUAACUGGUGAAAUCGAGUUAUCUAUCCAGUACAACUUUAAGGCUUUGGCACUGGAAAUCCACAUCAAAGCAUGCAAAAACCUAGCCUCUGGAGAUGGGAAGAAGAGAAAGUAUAACCCGUAUGUGAAGACCUAUUUGCUUCCGGACAAAUCUCCCCACAGUAAGUUGAAGAGCUCGGUGAAGAAGAACACAGUGGAUCCAGUUUUUAAUGAAACAUUACGGUACAACGUUGAACGGUGGCAGUUGGAGAUGAGGACACUUCAUGUCUCUGUGUGGUACAGUAUGACACUCAAACGGCAAGUGUUUGUGGGACAGGUGCAUAUUCCCUUUGAGAACUGGAAAUUUGAAGAUUGCUCAACUCAGGCACACCGGUGGUACCAGCUCCAAGGCAAGGUGGUAUCAGCACCAUCCUGAACCACAGCGAGAGACAGGUGCAAUUGUUCUGAUGCAUUAAACCCCAAACAACGUGCAAGUGUUUGUAAUGUUUAGUGAAUGAAUUUGGGUACUGGGUUUGGAAAUCUAAACCUCACAACUAAUGCAUCCAUUUGGGGAAACGUUUAUCAAAGGAAAUUGAGUAAAAGAUUUUGCAAAGACUUUAUACUGAUGAUGAUUUUCAUACAGUUGCAGAAGUUAGA